GACCGAACCAUUCUGUGUUAGCAACGACAUUUAAACUGAAAAAUAUACCAAAUAUACUCAUUACACGCAUUUUAAGUAAUUUAGAUUUUAAAUAUAGUCGAUUCGUGUUUGUUUGUGUGACAAAUUCACUCUUUAAUCCAUAAUACACUGGAUUGUUUUACAGUUAGUCCAAAGCAGCACCCCCCUGUCGGCUCUCUUUAAAGUCGUCUGCUCCGUCUUGCUGCCAUGUUGGAUGUACGCAUCGAUGCUGCAGCUGCUGGAGUUCCCGAAUGAAAGUUGAGCGUUUAGCUGCGUACAGACACGCAGUGAGGGAUAAUAUUUUUAAUCCAGCACUGAAAGGAGGCGUCAAGGUUCUUGCUUAACCAGGAGCAAGCCCGGAAAAUAACACCACCGACCUCCUCCGCCCUCCAGCUCGGAGUCGGACUCGGUGGAGAUGAUCCGGUUGCAGGCCACAGCAACCGGAGCCCGCAUGGAUUUUCUGUAAUAAGAAGUGUUUGCUGACUCCUUCAAAGGAUACCUGCUUUAUUUUCGGAGUGCACUAGACAAAAAACCAGAGCCAUGAACAGCCACCCGCCUCCCCGCAGGUCUGCAAACGUCGGCUCCAUCCUCCUGACCCCGCAGGAGAACGAGUGCCUGUUCGGCUACCUGGGCAGGAAAUGCGCCACUCUGUGCUCGGCGGUGGUCCAGGUGUACGGAGCUGAUCGGAGCUGCAGCUGGGUGAAGAGGUGCUGUGGAGUGGCCUGCCUGGUCAAAGACAACCCCCAGAGGUCCUACUUCAUCAGAGUGUUCGACAUAAAGGAAGGGAAAACCAUGUUUGAACAGGAGCUGUACCACAACUUCUCCAUCAGCAGCGCCAGAUCCUACUUCAUCUCAUUCACCGGAGAUACAUGUCAGGUCGGUCUGAACUUUGCAAGUGAAGAAGAAGCCAAAAGAUUCCGAGCCGCCAUCAACGACCUGCUCAACAGACGACAACGCAAAACUGAGAAGAGAGGUGACCCUAAGAAUGGUCCAGCUCUGCACAUGGCCACGGUGGACAUCAAGAACCCGGAGAUCAACAACGUCCGAUUCCACAACUCCCACAGCCACCAGCAGCCGUACCACCUCAACAACAUGCUGAGCCACAGCGGCCUGAACCGGAAGGACAAGAAGACCAAAGGCAAGAAGAAGAAGCUGACCAAGGCCGACAUCGGCACGCCCAGCAACUUCCAGCACAUCGGUCAUGUGGGCUGGGAUCCUAACACAGGUUUUGAUCUGAACAACCUGGACCCAGAACUCAAGAACCUGUUCGACAUGUGCGGCAUCUCCGAGGCUCAGCUGAAGGACCGCGAGACGUCCAAGGUCAUCUACGACUUCAUCGAGAAGAAGGGAGGAGUGGAGGCGGUCAAGAACGAGCUCAGGAGGCAGGCUCCCCCUCCACCUCCUUCCCGUGGCGGCGCCCCUCCUCCUCCUCCACCCCCUCACAGCACAGCUCCACCCCCUCCUCCUCCUCCCCCGUCAAGAGGGGGGCGUGGGGCCCCUCCUCCCCCUCCUCCAUCCAGAGCUCCCGCCUCAGCUCCUCCACCUCCACCUCCAACCAGACCAGGAACUCUGGGAGCCCCGCCUCCCCCACCUCCUCCCAACAGGGGGGGUCACCAGCCUCCUCCUCCUCCCCACCAUCACCACCAUCAGCCUCCCCCUCCCCCUCCUCCUCCCUCUUCCACACACUCUACUGUCGCUCCUCAAGCCCCGCCCCCUCCACCUCCUCCACUGGCCCACCAGUCUCCUGUCAGCGGCAGUGCCCCUGCUCCGCCUCCCCCACCUCCUCCUCCACCUCCUCCUCCCGGCCCCCCUCCCCCUCCGGAGCUGGACAGCAUCAGUGGCGGAGGAGACUCGCCUCACUCGCCGAGCCCCGGCGGGAAGUCGGCGCUGCUGGAGCAGAUCAGAGGAGGAGCCCAGCUGAAGAAGGUGGAGCAGAACAACCGAGCGCCGGCCUCUGGCAUUGGACGGGACGCCCUGCUGGACCAGAUCAGACAGGGGAUCCAGCUCAAGACUGUGCCAGAUCAUCCAGAGUCUGGACCUCCAUCGUCGGCACCCACAUCGGGCAUCGUCGGCGCCCUCAUGGAGGUGAUGCAGAAGAGGAGCAAAGCCAUCCAUUCCUCAGACGAAGACGAGGACGACGAAGAAGACGAGGACUUUGAGGACGACGACGAGUGGGAGGACUAGUGAAGAAGUCUCUCUUCUCCAACCUCGGCCUCAUCCUCACCGUUGACACUAAAACAUCAUCUUAAAAAAUCUUCCAGCAUCUGACUAAAACUGUAAUGUAAAUGUUGUAUGAAUUGGCUGUAUAUUUAUUUCCGCCUUUUUUUCUGCUUUUUUUUUAUGAUCAUUAAUCUGUGCAAUACCUCAUCUGUCCGUCACACAUCGUCAUGUUAAAAGACUCUCCACUUUCAACCCCCUCCCCCCCCCAAAAGGGAUCCACCUGUUGUUAGAAUGCAUUUAGCGCCCCCUUCAGCACAAAGUGGAGACACCGCCGGCGUCAUUUCACCAUAAAUGAUCAUCAAAUCAAACACUACUUCUCCGCUGACUCAGAGUCUUCAUGAGCUCCGUCGCGGAGGAUUUUCUAAUUUCUUCAUGUUUUCAUUCCUCGUCUACAGAAACUGAAAAGGGAGACGUACGUGCGACCAAACAGGCAGGAUCCUCUUUGUGUUUGACGGCGGUCCGUUUAAAAUAAAAAGAACUCCAGAUGACACUAUU